AUGGUUGAGGCUGUUGUUUCCUUCUUUCUUGGAAAAUUGGGGAAGCAACUCUCACAAGAAGCGCAGCUGCUCUCUGGAGUUGAAGACAACGUAGCAUGGAUCAAAGCCGAGCUUCAAUCCAUGAAAUCCUUCCUGAAAGAUGCUGACCAUCGAAGAGAGAGGGAUGCUGGUGCAGAGGCUUGGAUUAUGCAAGUCCGGCGGUUAGUCUUCGACACUGAAGAUGCUGUGGACGAGCACAUGAUCGAAACAGAGGUGCAUCUGUCUCAGGGACCGAUACAUGGGCUGUCUAGAAUUGCUCCUCCUUGGGUCGAAGAAUUGGAUAUCAUAGGGCUUGAGGAAGAUGUCAAACAAUUAGAAGAAUGGCUGCUAAAAGAAGAGGCGCCGCAUCAGCGUAAAGUAAUUUCGAUAGUUGGGAUGGGCGGUCUGGGCAAGACCACUCUCGCAAAGAAAGUUUACAAAGUUGCAGAGAGGUGUUUUCAGUGUUUUGCAUGGGUUCAUGUGUCUCAAUCCUUCGAAAUAAAGGAUAUCUUGAAGCGCAUGUUGAAAGAUUUCUAUGAGAGCAGGAGGGAGAUGGCUCCAAAUAAUUCAGAGUCAUCGAAUGAGAUAGAGCUAGCAAGGAUGAUCCACACCUGGACACUGAUCAUGUGGACUCUACAUUUGAUGGUCACGUGA